GCGUGAACUGCCGACGUAGUGACGCACAGAGAACUCCGGAAUUCCGAAGCCCCAACCCAGUGAGUUCGGUGUCCGAUGGGGAUUUGCAAUGCGCCUGCCACGUUUCAGCGAGCGAUGAACAUGACGUUCCAGAACUUCGUCAGCAAGACACGGUUGACGCAAGGAAUGAUUAACUUCUGCGUAAUCCUGUACAUGGACGACAUCCUGGUCUAUUCGGAAACCUAUCACGGGCACGCGCAGCACAUUGAAUGGACAUUGGGUGCAUUGAGAGACGCUAGGUUCAAGAUUGCGCUUGAGAAGAGCGAAUUUUUCCUCUCAGAAAUUUUGUUCUUGGGCUAUGUCGUGACACGUGGAGGAUUGCGGCCAGAUUCGAGAAAAGUUGCGGCGGUGAAAGAAGCUGCGGUUCCUACGUCACUGACGCAGGUUCGAGCCUUCUUGGGACUGGCAUCGUACUACCGACGCUUCAUCAAGGGCUUUGCCGCGAUUGCACGACCACUAACGAAUCUGCUAUGGAAGGACCAACCUCUCAGCUGGGACGCGGAGUGCCAGCAGGCCUUUGCAACCCUCAAGGACGCUCUAGCAACGACCCCUAUUUUGAUUCCACCGGACCCCUCGAAGCAGUUCAUUCUUAUCACGGACUGGCAACCGGAAGCGAUUUCCGCUAUUCUAGCGCAGAAGGGGAACGAUGGUCGCGAACACGUCAUCGAGUAUGCGUCACGAACUGUACCGGACGAACGAAGAAACGACUCCACACCUCAGGGUGAGUGUUAUACGGUAGUUUGGGGAAUCCAACACUUCCAUCCGUAUCUCUACGGACAGAAGUUUCACCUCGUAACGGAUCACGAGCCUCUGCUGGCGCUGAAGAAACUCACCAACUACACGGGCAUGAUUGGCCGUUGGGCGGUGCGACUACAAGAAUACGACUUCGAUAUCGUCCAUCGAAAGACAGAGCGACACGGCAACGCGGACGGGCUGACACGUCUGCAUCGACCUGCCAAGGUACAAAAGGGCGAGGAAAUUACACCGUGGAAAGAGCCGGACUUGACUAACGAGCCGAAGUACGGACAAGUGGCAGUUCUCCCACGUGGCAAGAAGCAAAACGGUGGCGAUGCGUGAUGGAGGUAACCCCACUACCCCUCUUUCUCCCCCUUCCUCCUCGUCUCUCCUCUUCUUGCCUGACAAAUUUUGUUAUUUUUGCGAAGCCAUCUCCUACAUCU